AUGAGACAACUGGGCCGGGCGGGCCUGGCCUGGGCUGCCGCCCUGCUGCUGGCGGCCCUGGGAGCGCAGGUGGCGGCGGGGGAGUUCGACCCGUACCGCGUCCUGGGGGUCGGCCGGAGCUCCAGCCAGGCCGAUAUCAAGAAGGCCUACAAGCGGCUCGCCCGGGAAUGGCACCCUGACAAAAACAAGGACCCGGGAGCAGAAGACAAAUUCAUCCAGAUUAGCAAGGCCUACGAGAUUCUCUCCAAUGAGGAAAAGAGGGCAAAUUUUGAUCGCUAUGGAGAUGCGGGGGAAAGCCAGGGCUACUCUCAGCACCAGCAUCGCCAGUUCCACCACUUCCACGAAGGCUUCUAUUUUGAUGAGUCCUUCUUCCAUUUCCCCUUUAAUUCGGAGAGGCGCGACACCUCCGACGAGAAGUAUUUGCUUCAUUUUUCCCACUACAUCAAUGAAAUCGUGCCAGAUAGUUUCAAGAAACCUUACCUCAUUAAAAUAACCUCAGACUGGUGUUUCAGCUGCAUCCACAUUGAGCCUGUGUGGAAGGAGGUCGCUCAGGAAUUGGAGGCGCUGGGAGUGGGAAUUGGAGUCGUUCACGCUGGGUAUGAAAGGCGCCUUGCCCAUCACCUAGGUGCACACAGCACACCGUCCAUACUAGGGCUCAUUAACGGGAAAAUAACCUUCUUCCACAAUGCUGUCAUUCGAGAAAACCUGCGGCAGUUCGUGGAGAACCUCCUGCCAGGGAAUCUUGUAGAAAAGAUUACAGAUAAAAACUACAUCCGCUUUCUCUCCAACUGGAAGAAAGAAAACAAGCCCCACGUCCUUCUGUUUGAUCAUAUGCCAGUUGUGCCAUUAUUAUACAAGCUGACUGCCUUUGCAUACCGUGACUACUUGUCCUUUGGUUACGUGUACGUCGGGCUCCGAGGAACUGAGCAGUUGUCCAGUCAGUACAACAUCAACGUCUACACUCCCACCAUGAUGAUCUUCAAGGAGCACGUCGACAGGCCCGCUGAUGUUGUGCAGGCACGAGAUAUGAAGAAGCAGCUCAUUGACGACUUCCUUUCCCAGAAUAAAUUCCUAAUGGUAGCCAGACUCACCAGCCAGAGGCUGUUCCAGGAGCUGUGUCCCGUGAAGAAGUCUCACCGUCAGCGAAAGCACUGUGUGGUCUUGAUUACCGGAGAAGGCGAUAAGUUUGCUGAGGCUUACGAGGCGUUUCUGACUUUUGCUGUGGCCAACACAAAGGACACGCUGAAGUUUGUGCACAUCUAUAAUGAUCGGCAGCCAGAGUUUGUGGACGCCUUGCUGAUGGAUGAGGAGAAGUAUCGGGGAAAAUCAGCUGUGGUCAUUUUGGAGAGACGGAAUAACGCAGGGAAGAUCGCCUAUAAAACCUUGGAGGAGGCCUGGCAGGGCAGCAAAGAGGACAACUUCAUCCUCCUGGAUCUUCUGGAUCAGCUGAGGACAGACUCCGGGCUCCUCUCUUCAGAGACUGUCCUGGCAGACUUGAAUGACGAACUCGCUCCCAUGUUCCUUAUCCGAUGGCUCUACUCCAUGCUGGACUAUAUCUCGGACUGCUGGGACAGUUUGUUUCACAGUAACUGGCGAGAAAUGAUGCCACUGCUGUCCUUGCUCUUCUCUGCGCUCUUCAUUCUCUUUGGCACUGUUAUUGUUCAGGCUUUCAGCGAUUCUAGUGAUACAAGGGACUCUCCUCCCUCUGAGAAAGAAGAAACUGCUGUAAAGACUGAGAAGAACGACCCGAGCUUCAGCAAAGAGAGUAACAGCAGGAUUCCCAAAAAGGGUUUUGUCGAGGUGACUGAGCUAACAGACAUCAACUACAACAGUAACUUGGUUCGCCUGAGGCCGGGACACAUGAACGUGGUCUUGAUCCUGUCCAACUCAACCAAAACCGCCCUCCUCCAGAAGUUUGCCCUGGAAGUCUACACGUUCACAGGGAGCAGCUCUCUUCAUUUCUCCUUCCUCAGCCUGGACAAGCACCGGGAAUGGCUGGAGUACCUGUUAGAGUUUGCGCAGGACGCGGCCCCCAUCCCAAACCAGUAUGACAAGCAUUUCCUGGAGCGCGACUACACAGGCUACGUCCUGGCUCUGAAUGGCCACAAGAAAUACUUCUGCCUCUUUAAGCCUCACAGAUCAGGGGAUGAGGGGGGAACCCUGGGGUCGUGUGAGGAUUACGAUUCCUCACUAGCCACGGAAGCCAGAGGAAAAUCCUCCUGCAGCCCAGGAUCUAGAUCUAUUAAAAACAAAUUACACAAAUUGUCCUUUUGGAUGGAACGUCUCCUAGAGGGUUCCUUACAGAGGUUCUAUAUCCCCUCAUGGCCCGCACUAGACUGAGGGAUUUUAAAGAGAUUCUAACGGACAAACUUUUUACGAAGAUGACAAGGGACAACUCUUUCCAGGAAUACACAGACAAGCGUGACGAAUGGACCUUAGGUUUGAGAUGAACUCGCCUGGGGCCGGCGACUUGAAAAUAUCUCCCUGCGUCUGGAGCCCAGUAGCGCAGCCAAGCGCACUGAAACUCCUUCCACCAACUCGUGCGUUUGGAUGCCGUACUACCGAAGAGCCAAGAAGUCCAUUUUUCCCUUCGUGUCCUGCUGCAUCUGCUUCCCGAGUCGCCCCCGUUCCAUCUCUCAUUUUACCUCGGUUGAAGAAAAACCCAUGACUUCUCUGCCGCAGUGACUUGGUCUGGUAUGAACGUGGCCAGUGACACAGGUCGGGUCGUGGUUCUCCCUCCCCUUCACUGUGUGCUCAGCCCGUGGUGCAUGGUGUAACACUGGCAAGACCCUGCAGCCCCUCCCAGGCCCUGCCCUUCCAAAAGGUCUCUUCCCACCAGGCAGUCGUGCUUUUAUCGGCCUUUCCCGGGUAAGUGAUCUAGAGUAUGGUCGGGAGCAUCUCCCUCGUAGCAAACCUGUAGCUGGGACUCACCCGUGGUGCAGGUUAGUGGGCGAUCUGCAUGUUUCAUGCUCCUCGUGUCACAGUUCCACGUACAGCUUCACCAGCUAAACCAUAACCGGGGAGGGAAGGGGUUUUGCACGGCCAUAAAUACUGUAAAGGUGUGGAGCCAUUUAAAUGUCACGUUGAUUUUUCAGAUGCCUUUCUGCUUCUGUCGAUUUUAGACGAUGUAUCUUAGAGCCAUAACUUUGUGUCCUCAGAUUGUAGGCGUGAGCUGCUAUGAGCCAGUAGAUGUGUAAAAGAAACUCUACCUAGCUGCUAGGGAGUCGGUCCAGGCUCCUUUCACACACCCUUACAUCUGUAGUACAAACCAACCUUUCUUUGUAUCAAGGAACCUAAUUCUUCGAUGAUUGUACUCUUGAAAUGUUGCCCCAGAAGUGCUGUAUCAUCAGACCAUUGCUUACAUGUGAAACUCCUUUUGGUUUAGGCUUGGGUUUAAGAUGCUUGGUUUCAGCCUCUCACCUGUUUCCUUCUUGCCACAAACCUUUGUUUCUCAACAUGCAGGCUGCUGCCUUGGGUUUUUGUUUGUGUGCAUUGGGGGGUUUUUGUCUUUUUGAACUCAUAGGUCUGUGUGAAGCUAGAACAGUCGUUAAGCGCAGGUUUAGUUUAUGCUUUGCUCUAGCAGUCUUGAUCCUAACAGCCACUUCCAACACCAGGGGAAAAGGGCAGCCUGCUAAAGCGGAGGGAAGGCAAGCAGCAGCCUCACAGCUGCUUUCCACUCCUCAAGCGAUAAAGCGGAGCAGCAGGGUUUCUCUUCGUGACCAGGACUGAAACCCUGUGGGGCUUGUUCUUCCUUUUCACUGCCCCGGGGCAGACGCCAUCGUCGGGGCUGGUCCUUGCUGCGCCGGAGCCGGGCCCCUGCCAUGGCACUGUGGGGCUGCAGCACUGCCAAAGCACGGGGGAGCUGAGCAGGAUGGCUGUGGCCGCAGGGCUCUGAACCCAACGGUAGAGCACUUGCUCAAGAACGUGGUGUUAAUUAAAAGCUCACUUGGCCCUCGCUACCUUAGUUACCAUCUCAGCAGAGCAGCCAGUUAGUAGGAAUAACCAAUCUCUGAGCCAGCUGCCGAUCCCCCACGAAAUCGGGAAACGCUCAAGUCAUUUUACUGCCCACGUGACCCAGUUGCUCACAAACCCUUGGCUUGCUGCAUUCCUCCUGCCCCGGGGAGCAGAUUGGCAUGCUUCGACCACCACAGGUAUCUCAAACACCCUGUAUAAUGUACUUCCAAAUAAAGGCUACGAUGCUACCAACUGACCCUAUGUGAGGUUACUUAAUUUUAGCUCAGUGGAUUCUAGGCCGCAGCUUGUGCUGCUGCAUGAACGAGGCACUAAAGUAGAGGGAAGGAAGGAAGGAAGGUGAGGUCUUCUCCCUGCCAAAGAACUUCCAAGGUGCACACGUACCACUGAAAUAGAGUGGAAGGGGGAGCGAAACGCCGGCCUGACACUGCUAGACUUCAUUUUCAUUUGGCUAGAGCAAUCGCCGUAGCACUCUGGUGCUUUUCCUGCAGCUUGCCGUGCAUGACCUGGCUAGGAUAGGUUCUAGCCCAGUGGAAGGCUCUGCCUAACUUUUUAAAAUGUUUGCAAAAGCAAAAAAAAAAUACUUUCUGGGUCUCUGCUGUCUUUUCCAAUCAGAAACCAGGAGAAAACCCUUGACACAUUAAAAAGAAGUGCCUAGUUGUGCUCCAGGAAGGGAAUUCAGCCCUGCCCCAAGUGAGAAGGCCUGUGGCCUUCAAAAUACAAUUUGUGUGCCACACACCUGCUGGAAUCCUUUGUUUAAUUUUCUUUUCAGCACAGGUAACCUCCCCUUUUAGACUGCGUUUUGUUUCAGGAGUGCUUGCAACAGUCACCCUUGCUGGCUGUGGCCGGAUGGGCGCACAGCUCCCUUUUAGCUGUAACUGCCCUUCACUGCUUUUAACCAGGUCUGACUAACUCUGCCUGUGUCACUGUUUUCUGGAAAAAACUUCUUUCAUGGGCUGAUGCCAACACCAAACUGUUCUAAACCCCUCGUUUAGUUCUCUUUAGCGUCCAGCGUGGAACACUGGGAGUUUUGCUUUCUUGUAGAAGAGUGUGGUCAGAGGCUGCUUUAGGCCUGAGGUCUGCCUGCCCUCUCCCAGCAGUUGCGAGCUGUUUUCCCCUCACCCCCACCCCAAUCAUUUUCUAACCUGCUGCCUCUGGCACCACUCGACCCGUAUCGUAACGUAUCGUCAGCGAAACGCACCCACGAUCCUGUUAUGCACAUGGUGGUUCGUAAUCCAAAGAUGGAGGAAAUUCAGCCCUAGUGCACUGCUCUAGUCAGGUUUGAGUGAGCGCACACCGCUCAGAAGCUGAAGCAAAGGGAUGCAGGCCCCCAGUCUGAAAGUUGUACCAAAACUCCUCCCUGGAGCGAGCGUGGGGGGCAGCAGCCUCCCCUCUGCCGUUCGCCAAAAUCCUUCUGGGAACUAGUGCACUAACGCAGCCUGAGAAGUAGGACUGAAAACUAGGUACAUAUUUUGCACUUUUGAUACUGGGAGAG